CUCUCUAUCUACUACUGUGCACUGUGCAAAUAUUUCACUCCAUAACUGUUCCUGUCCAUUUCAGAUUACAGAUUAAUGAGACAGCAAGACUUGAAUUGGGCCAGCCUAGACCUUCAGUCAUUGCUCGUGCAAGGGAGAUUGAUGCAUCAUUAAACCACUUGCAGGAGAAGGGUAGGCAGGCUUCUUGCACAGUAUUCUCACCUGCUACAGAGGCUUGCUACCCCAGCCUAUGUGUCCCUGCUUCUGAAUGAGGACAGUGCAGCCAGCAUGCAGCCAGCCACAGCCUCAGUUUUGGAUCUUUCAAGAACUGUCCUGAUCAGAGAGGAGAGAAAUAACUCUUAUAACAGCACAGGUCAGUGUAAAAAGAUUGCGCCUCCAGAGUCUGGCUCGUUACACAUUGUGCAUGGAAAUGGCUCUUCAGUUGGGACAGUGAUUAGGUUUCAGUGUUCCUCUUCAUAUCAAUUGGUCGGAGAGGAAUUAACGACCUGUGUCUGGAAAGGAAACAGCUCCUUGUGGACAGUUGGAGCCCCAACUUGUAAAUCUUUAUCAAAAUAUGAUACAUUUGGAUUUAAAGUGGCCGUCAUCGCUUCCAUCGUGAGCUGCGCCAUCAUCCUGCUGAUGUCAAUGGCUUUUUUGGUGUGCUGCCUGAUGAAAUGCGUGAAGAAGAGUGAGAGGAGGCGUUUGGAAAGAGGCAAGGUCAUGUGGCAUCAAUUAGAAUGUGAGGAAUUGGAGAACAUGCAGGCUGCAUAUUUCGCAAUGAAAGGCAGAAACAAUAACAACAAUAAGCUUGGGAAGCGGCCGAGAAUUGAUGACUGGUUUAGUAUGGCUUAUGAGAACCAAGGAUUUUGUAGAUGCAAUGAUGCAUGGAGAAAGGAUUGUGCAUCACAGAGUCCUAGAGAAGGGAACUGUGGGUCCUGUAAUACUCAGGAACGAUCUAGCAGACAACUUGGCCAUAGCUGCAGUGUUGCAAUACAGACUGUAAGUGGAAUGCACGUUGUGGAAAUCUACGGACAUGACAAAGAAACUCAGCGGAGAACUAAACCUCAUGUACCUGAGUGACAACAAUGGAUGAGAUGUCUAACGUUUUGGGACUACUAUCAGAUGUUAUCAUUAUGUGCCUUAAUAUUAAUUGAAUGUUGACAUUAAAAAAUGUAAUGUAAAAUUCCUACAGGUCCUGCCUGAUUUCCUUGGAUCAGGCUAUCAUUUGGAGGGAGUGCUUUCUUAUAUAACAGACAUGAGGAGAACCCAACCCUGGAAUACUAUCUUCAACUGCCGUGCCUGGCACAUUAAAUAGAUCUGUUAUCUGCGUGUUAUAUGACUGCACAUGGAAGCGACUAAAGGAAUUCAGACCGAUUUCCUGGAAUUUAUUUUCUAGAUUUAUGAAGCCUCCCAAUUAUUAUUAUUUUUUUAAAUGAAGUCUCAGACACAUUUAAAGAUUCAGUGACAAUGUCAUAUCUUACCUGGGUGUGUAUAACUACAGUAAAUUAUGAUACUGUAUAUCUAAUUAUUUUACUACAGGUUUGUCCUCAUACAGCUUGCCACGUAGCGGGAUAUGCAUGGAAUGAGUGAGCUGACAGGUUCCGUGCAUUUUGUUUGCCGGAAAUGUGUCUUACUCGCAUUACUAUGUGAACAGGACGCACAGACAGACUCUGCUGAUUAAAAUGAUAUGCAG